AACUGCCCAGUCGGCUGCCUGCGCGCCGGAGGAGUGCCACGGGCUUGCAGGGCCGCGGGGGCGGAGCGGCGAGGCAGGCCGCCGCCGAGCCCAGAGACGUGCACACACACCCCCACCCCGGCCAGACAGCGAGCCCGACCGGGCGUCCAUGGGGCUCCGCCUCGGCCCGACCCCUACCCGGACCCCGAUCGCCACCGCGCCCAGGGACUGACCGCCCGCCGCUCGGGCUCUGCCGGGGCACCGCACGGCCCCAAGAGGCCUUGUCGAGGAGGACCAUGGCUGAACAACUCCUUCCUCAGGCUCUGUAUUUGAGCAAUAUGCGGAAAGCUGUGAAGAUAAGAGAGAGAACCCCAGAAGACAUUUUCAAGCCUACCAAUGGGAUCAUUCAUCAUUUUAAAACCAUGCACCGAUACACGCUGGAGAUGUUCAGAACGUGUCAGUUUUGCCCACAGUUUCGGGAGAUCAUCCACAAGGCACUUAUUGACAGAAGCGUCCAGGCUUCCUUGGAAAGCCAGAAGAAGCUCAAUUGGUGUCGUGAAGUCAGGAAGCUUGUGGCUUUGAAAACCAAUGGUGAUGGAAAUUGCCUCAUGCACGCCGCUUGUCAGUACAUGUGGGGCGUUCAGGAUACGGACCUGGUCCUGAGGAAGGCCCUCUACAGCACCCUGAAGGAGACAGACACACGGAACUUCAAAUUCCGCUGGCAGCUGGAAUCCCUGAGAUCCCAGGAAUUUGUGGAAACGGGACUUUGCUACGACACUCGGAACUGGGGUGACGAAUGGGACAGUUUGGUCAAAAUGGCGUCAGCAGACACGCCCGCCGCCCGCAGUGGACUUCAGUAUAACUCCCUGGAAGAAAUCCACAUAUUUGUCCUCAGCAACAUCCUCCGAAGACCCAUCAUCGUCAUUUCAGACAAAAUGCUAAGAAGUUUGGAAUCGGGUUCCAAUUUUGCUCCCUUGAAAGUGGGUGGGGUUUAUCUGCCUCUCCACUGGCCAGCCCAGGAAUGCUACAGAUACCCCAUUGUCCUCGGCUAUGAUAGCCAACACUUUGUACCCCUGGUGACCCUGAAGGACAGUGGACCCGAAAUCCGAGCUGUUCCCCUUGUUAGCAGAGAUCGGGGAAGAUUUGAAGACUUAAAAGUUCACUUUUUGACAGACCCUGAAAACGAGAUGAAGGAAAAACUUCUCAAGGAAUACCUGAUGGUGAUGGAGAUCCCCGUGCAAGGCUGGGACCAUGGCACGACCCACAUCAUUAAUGCUGCCAAGUUGGAUGAAGCUAACCUACCCAAAGAAAUAAAUCUGGUGGACGAUUACUUCGAACUCGUUCAGCAUGAAUACAAAAAGUGGCAGGAAAACAACGAGCAGGGCAGGAGAGGGGCACAUGCGCAGAAGAACCCUUUGGAGCCGUCCACACCCCAGCUGUCCCUCAUGGAUGUAAAAUGCGAGACGCCCAACUGUCCUUUCUUUAUGUCCGUGAACACUCAGCCGUUAUGCCAUGAGUGCUCGGAGCGGCGCCACAAGAACCAGAGCAAACUCCCAAAGCUGAACGCGAAGCCGGGCCCUGAAGGACUCCCGGGCGGGGGCAGCUCAGCCUGGAGCCCGGAGGAAACGGCUGGAGGACCUCAUUCGGCCCCACCCACGGCACCCAGCCUCUUCCUGUUCAGCGAGACCACCGCGAUGAAGUGCCGGAGCCCCGACUGCCCCUUUACGUUGAAUGUACAGCAUAAUGGAUUCUGUGAGCGUUGCCACACUGCCCGGCAGCUGAACGCCAGCCAGCUGAGCGCCAGCCACACUGCAGAUCCUGGUAAGUGCCAAGCCUGCCUUCAGGAUGUCACUCGGACGUUCAAUGGCAUCUGCAGUGCCUGUUUCAAAAGGACUACAGCAGAGCCUUCCUCCAGCCUCACUUCCAGCCUCCCACCCUCCUGUCACCAGCGCUCCAAGUCUGACCCCUCACAGCUCAUCCAAAGCCUCGCCCCACACUCUUGCCACCGAACUGGAAAUGACGUCCCCUCUGGCUGCCUUUCCCAGGCAGCACGAACUCCCGGAGACAGGACGGGGACAAGCAAGUGCAGAAAAGCCGGCUGCAUGUAUUUUGGGACUCCAGAAAACAAGGGCUUCUGCACGCUGUGUUUCAUCGAAUACAGAGAAAAUAAACAGUUCGUCGCUGCCCCUGGGAAAGCCGGUUCCACAGCCUCCAGGUUCCAGAACAACGUCCCGUGCCUGGGCAGGGAGUGCGGCGCCCUCGGAAGCACCAUGUUUGAAGGAUAUUGUCAGAAGUGCUUCAUCGAGGCUCAGAACCAGAGGUUUCACGAAGCGAAAAGGACGGAAGAGCAACUGAGAUCCAGCCAGCGCAGAGACAUGCCUCGAACCACGCAGGGAGCCUCCAGGCCCAAGUGUGCCCGGGCCUCCUGCAAGAACGUCCUGGCCUGUCGCAGCGAGGAGCUGUGCAUGGAAUGCCAGCACCUGAGCCAGCGGGUGGGCUCUGUGGCCCACCGGGGUGAGUCCCCUCCCGAAGAGCCCCCCAAACAGCGCUGCCGGGCUCCCGCCUGUGAUCACUUCGGCAACGCCAAGUGCAGCGGUUACUGCAAUGAGUGCUUCCAGUUCAAGCAGAUGUAUGGCUAAGUGCAGACGAGUGGACUGGCCCAGCGAGAAGGGGCCUCAACCUGCCAGCCAGAGUGGUGCUGUACUCCAGACCCCUGAGUGCCAUAGGAACGGUGGGCCCUAGGACAGUGGCUGCAAGUGUCUUUGAGCAAAGGAGACAAGAUAAGCUCUUCAUCGUGGCCGUGACAUUCAGGUUUGGUGACCAAGACUAUGCCCAGGUGGGCUGAGGGUUGACCUCGUGACAAGCAAUGCAUGAUGUCAGGUUCAGCCUGAAGCUGUUGCUGCUGCUCAUCUCUACCAGGAGGCUGGGGAGGUCUUCAGACGUGGAAGGCAUGCGUGCUGGGACUGGUAACAGUUCCCGUGCCCACCUGCCAGGAAACAGGAAGAAAGGCACAUGGGCAGGCGGGUUGGAGCCUGAGACCAUCUUACUGCACCCCCCGCGCCCCAGAAAGCUGAAUCCUCCGAGUACCAAGGCCCUCCGCAGGAAGCUCGAGGAAGCUCAGGGAAAAAAGAUGUUGGUAGAGCACAUCUGUCGUGGUCAUCAUCGUCGUCGUC